AUGGUAAUAAGUUGUAAUCAGAAGAAUGUUUGCACACUGGAGAUCACUGAUACGACAGGCAGCCAUCAAUUUCCAGCAAUGCAAAGGCUUUCGAUAAGUAAAGGAAAUGCUUUCUUAUUAACUUAUUCAAUUACCAGCAAGCAAAGCCUCGAAGAACUCGGACCAAUAAUUUUAAUGUUGAAAGAAGUGAAAGGCGACGCUAUUUCAGAUGUGCCAAUUAUGUUAGUCGGAAAUAAAAAGGAUGAAGAACAGAGACGUGAAGUAAAUAUUGAUGUUGGUAAAAAAUUGGCCGACAAAUGGGGCGCGGGCUUUAUCGAGACAAGUGCGAAGAACAACGAGAACAUUAUUGAGUUAUUCCAGCAAUUACUAGCGAUGGAGAAAAAACGACAGUUGGUCUUGACGAUGAAUGAGGAUUCCAGUAAAAAUCGAAUAAAACGAAAAUGCUCCAUUUUAUAA